AUGGAGGAGACAAACCUGAAAGUGGUCAGCGCACUGCGUCACGUUAUACAAGAUGUAUUUGCCGAGCUGAGUGCCACCUUAGUAAUCACUCUAAUGGCACCUGAUCAAGUCAUUAACAACUGGUUCGAACUUGUGCUCAUCAAUCUAGUGAGCACCUGGAGUAACUUGGCCGUGCUGUUGCUGCGAGUGGCGCAAUUGUCUGACCACGUAGGUGGUCGCAAAUUCUGUAAUCUACUACUAGUAGACUCCUACGAAUCAUUUCUUUCGGCGAACUUGACAGUGGACAAUAUUGACCACAAUGAUGCCGAGUAUUAUUUUAUAUUUCUGCAGACGCGCGACUGCUGGCAUCAACAUGAAAUGCAGCUGAUCUUCCAGCAUUGCUUGCACUAUUACUGGCUGCAUUGCAAUGUCAUGGUGCAAACGGGGCAGGCCGAGGUGCUAAUCUACACCUACUUUCCAUAUACGGCGACGGAUUGUCGCUCCACGCAACCGGUGCUGGUGAACGUCUAUGAUGGAGAGCGCUGGCUAAAUUCGCGCAUGUUUCCAAACAAACUGCGCCAGCUGCACGGCUGUCCACUAACCGUGUUGCUCUGGCACAUGCCGCCCUUUGUGAAUCUGAGCCCCAAUGGGUGGCAGUCCAGCAGCGGCUUUGAGGUGACGUUGGUGCAGCACUUAGCGGAGCUAAUGAACUUUAACAUUGUGGAGCGAGUGGUGUACACCUCCACUCAGCAGCUGAGCUCGAGCAACAGCAACCGCAGCGCUCAUAAGCCAACGGAUAUACUUGCUAAUCAACUUGCCAAUCUAAGCAUUGGCUGCUUUCGCAGAACAGUAAUAAGGGACGCUAUGCUGACCUCCACAGUGAGCCAUUACUAUGCACCGCUGGUGGGGACACUGGAGCGCAAUCUCUAUCAUCCAGACUACUUGGGCCAUCUGACGUUUCCCUUUCAGUCCUGCGUUUGGCAAUUACUCUUGCUGGCCGUGUGUCUGCAUCUCGGCAUCUACAUGUGGCGCUGGCGCUGGAGCGCUGCGCAGGUGCUGGAGCUGUUGCUGGGCGUGACUGUGUGGCGCUUGCCCCGCUCCUGGCUGCAGCGUAUUAUCUACGCCCACUGGCUCUAUGGCAGCCUGCCGCUGCGCAUUGCCUAUCAGUCCUUGCUAUUUCACUUUAUACGUCUGCAGCUGUUCGAGGGUGUGCCCAGCUCUAUGGAGGAUUUGCUGGACAAAAGCUUUCGUCUGCUCUGCUCCUUCAACACACUGCUGGAGUUGCGAGAAAUGCCACAACUGACACAGCGCAAUAGUAGCUUUAUAAUCAGUGACUCUGGCAGCGAUUGGGACGUCAUGGACCAAUUGCAGCUGCUGAAUGGCACGCGCGUCUUCGCCGCCACAGUGCUGGACGUGGCCACAGCCUAUUUGAUUGCCAACAAGCGCCAACAGCGCUACUAUAGCAUACCACAGUAUAUCAAUCUACAGCAGCUGACAAUGUAUAUGCCCAAGCAUUCCUAUUUCUCCGAACAAUUCAGCACCGUCAUACGGCAGCUCGAUGACCACGGCUUUCUGGUCGCCUGGCAACGCGCCGCCCUCGCAGAGCAGCAAAUUGGCAGCCGCAGGCAUAGCACACACAUGGUGCAGCCGGAAAGCGGCAUUGGCCUAAUACACUUGAGUGGCAUCUUCAAGUUGAUUGCCGCCCUUCACGUGCUCGCUGCACUAGUCCUGCUCACCGAGCUCCUGCUGCACCGCCUGCACAGGCUUCAACUCCAUGCGCAUAACACAUUUUAUCCAAGCGCGCUCGGCAUGAACAUAACGCAGCUGCUGCACACGUACCAGGAGCAGUCCGGGCUGCAGAUGAACCAGAUCAACGAGUUUGUGGCGGGCGCUUUGUUGCAUGUGGUGCACACGCACAUCAUGAGCCUGACCUCAUCGCUGGUGUUGACGCUCUGCUGCCGCAACAAUCACACAUGCAACUUUUACAAUCAAAUGAUGAGCGUGUUGUUUCGUAACUGGGGCAUUGCGCCGCUCCAGGUGGUCACCAUACAGCAGGACAGCACGCCCAGGGAGCGCUAUGUGGCUGGCAGCCGGCACUACAAUAUGAUAUUCACGGACUCCUAUGCGGCGUUCGCCGAGAUCGAUGUGGAGUCGCAUACGCGUGACUACAACCACAACGAGUACUAUUAUAUAUUCCUGCAGGCGCGCGAUCAUCUGCUGAUGAGCGAGAUGCGUCGCAUCUUCCGCCACUGCUGGCGCCAUCAGCUCAUCAAUUGCAACAUUCAGGUGCAAACAGCGGGCGGCGCAAUCAAACUCUAUACGUAUAUGCCCUAUGGACCGCAGGGCUGCGACGAUAUGACGCCGCAGCUGAUUAAUAGCUACAAUGGCAGCUCCAUGGAGCAGCCGCUGCUCUUUCCGCGCAAGCUGCUCAACUUCUACGGCUGUCCACUGCGUGCGGCAAUCUGGCAGAAGCCGCCGUUCAUGCGGCUGCUUGGCGCUGACUCUGACUCAGACGCCGACUCCCAAUCCCAUGCUCGCAUUGUGGGCGGCCUUGAGGGUCGUUUGCUGUUGACCAUUGCGCAGCGUCUGAACACCAGUUUUGAUGUACGCCAGCCGCCAAACGGAACGCUCAGCAGUCUGCCCGAUCGUGCCAUACAGAUGCUACAAACACGUCAUGCGGAGCUUUGUGUGGGAGGCUUGCGUCAAACGGUGGUGCGACGUCUGCUCACCACCUCGACGCAUAGCUAUGCGCAACUCAAUGUGGGCUUUGGUGUGCCGGACGUCAGCUUUGAGCUUGGCUCCUGGGACAUAAUGCUGUAUCCGUAUCCAGCGAUUAUUUGGUUUGCCAUUGCCGGCUUGCUGGCCUUCUGUGCUCUGCUCAAGCUGAGCUUGAAGCGACUGUUGCCCAGUGAUUUUUUUCGGCCCGUCCACUGGCUCAAUAUGCAUCUUAUACUUGUGGGCAUGCCCAUGGUGUCCAUGAACGUGCCACUGUCCGUGUCGCAGUCCAACUCGCGUCGUUUUUUUUGCAUGGUUGUCAUAGUGUUCUCAUUGCUCAUACGCACCAUAUACCAGGGCAUGUUGUAUCAUUUGAUACGCACGCAUCAAUUGAAGCCGCUGCCGCAGUCCUUUGAGCAUCUGGUGGAGCAAAACUAUACGCUGCUGACCACAGUCAAAAUGCGUGAGGUACUCGCCGAAAUUCCCGCCAUGGAGCAGUUGACAAUGAUCACACUGGACGGCAACAAAACCGAGGCGAACGCGCUGGAGCAGCUGGCUGCCACAUUGGCCAGCAAGCGCAAUAGACGCCUUGUGGUGGUCACCACCUUAGACGUGCUCUUCACGUACAACAAGCGGACCAUCAAACGCGCACUCAGCGAUCCAAAUACGCGUGCUGCCCGGACGGGGAUUUUCUACAAGACCAUGCCGCAGGAUCUGAUAAAAAUGCAGCUGAGCAUUUACUUGAGCAAGCACUCCUUUCUGAUUGAUGAACUCAACGAGCAGAUCAUGCUGAUGCAAUCCGUCGGACUUCUCAGCUAUUGGGCCAAUCUGGAGCUUAGCCUUACACCCGUACGGGAAGAUCGCUCGUAUCGACUUUUUAGUCUGCAGGAGUUAAGUGCCAUGUUCAUGCUCAUGGCAUCCGGCCUCAGCUUGGUAAUAAAUUUUAAUCAAUUUUUGCUCUCCUGGGUCGCAAGCGAAUCAAUGCAUAAAAUAGACAGUGCGCAACAUUUGUUCAGUUACUUCAAGGAAAUGCAAGCACUGCUGCUGCUGCUAUUGCUACUGGUGGCGCCACAUUUGGCCGCUCUGCUGCUGUGGCCUAGUGAAGUCGAUGAAACCAACGUUGUGGUGGGAAAACUCAGUGAGGCACUGCAGCUGAUCAUAAGACGCACCUGUGCGGCACACAAUGCCAGCGUAUUCAUUAGCAGCAGCUAUGGCGAGCAGCUGCCAGCGGAACAACAGCAAUUGGUGCGGGAUGUGCUGGACUUGUGGCUGCCACAAGCAGCGACAGAUGCUGCUGUAGUGCCCACUGUGGUGGCGCAACAUUUGGUGGUAGCACUAGGACGGCGGCUGCAGUUGCUGCUCAUAUUCGUGCAGAGUCUGGUGCAGUUGCAAGCAGCGGACGUCAAAGUGUCGACUGUGACCUCCAAGUCCAGGCACAAGUAUCUCAUUGUGCUGCUGCCGGGCGUGGUGUCCAAUGCGCAGCUGGAGAUGAGCAGAAUAUUCGAUUAUCUGCAGCAGGUGCUCUACAAUAUUGAUGUGCUGCUAUUAUGGGUGCCAGACCUUGGAGGUGGAGUGAAGGCCUACAGCUUCUGGCCCUACAGGGCGACGGGCAGGGCGGGCGCACGCUGCGCUGCCUCAACGCCGAUGCGCGUGCCGCUGCGUGCGCCGGAGCUGUAUCCAGUGAAGCUGCACAACCUGCAGGGCUGUCCCUUGCAUGUGAUUGUUUGGCACAUACCGCCCUAUGUGGAGUUGUUGCCUGGGAGCGCGCAACUCGAGGGCUUGGAUGCGGAUCUGCUUAAGGUGUUGGCGCACAAGCUCAACUUCAGUCUGGCGCUGGUGGACAACGAGCCGCCCACGCUGCUGGGCGGCUCCACCUACAUGAACGGCAGCUUCACCGGCGCCUAUAAGAUGCUGCGCGAACGUCGCGCCAACUUGACGCUGGGCAGCGCUGCCUGCACGCCGGCGCGACGCAAGUUUCUGGCCAGCACGGUGCCCUAUAUGCAAAUGGAGUACGUGCUGGUGCUGCGCAAGGCGGAGUCGUAUAGCAGCUACCAGAUCAUGCUGUUCCCCUUCGAUGGCUACACCUGGCUGCUGCUGCUCGGCCUCUAUCUGCUGCGUCUGCUGCUGCGGCUUUGUCUUGGACGCCAGGCGGCUGCAUCUCUGCCUGCGCCACUGCGUCUGGGCUGGCAUCUGUUGGUGUUUCUGCUCUGCUUGAGCUACGAGAGCUCCAUCUUUGAGUUUGUGCACAAUGCGCCGAGGCGGCCAUUGCCGCUGGAUCUGGAGCAGGCGCUGCGCGAGGGCUACAGCUUCAUCACCGAUCAUGCCACUCACCGCAUGACCGAGACGCUGCCGCUGCUCAAUGCGCACACUGCGAUUGUGCCUGGCCAGCCGGUAGAUGUUUUCGAGCACCUGCUGCUCACACCCAGGGGCAGCCGCAUUGGCGCCUUCUCCAGCAACGCCUUUCUCGCCUAUCAUCUCACCAAGCAUGUAAAGCAGCGCCUGGAGUUUGUCAGGAUCGCCAAGAAGGUGCUGGACAGCAUGAAUUGCAUAUACCUGCCAGCUGGCUCCUACCUGGCGCCCCUGCUCGACACUCUGCUCUUCGAUCUGCGCUCCUUUGGCAUCACCCAAAAGCUCUCCAAGCGCAUCAACUGGCGCACCCUGCCGCCCACCACGGCUGCCCUAAGUCGCGCCGCCCGUCGCAAGGCCGCCCAUGCCGACAGAUCCAACGAGUCCAAGCGUUUCAUUCAUGCCACGCUCAACUGUCUGCUCAUCGCCGAGUCCAUCACCAUUGCCAUCUUUGCUCUGGAGUGCCUCAGUCAGUGGCACCGCCUGCGUUGGCUAGCUCGCCUCUUUCAAAGUCUAAUCUAA